GAAAAAAACAAAACACUUCCGCAAAAUUUCUCAUGAGAACAGUUUUUCUCCGGGAUUCAGUUUGAAACAUGGGGGCUUGUCUGGCCUUAUGUUCUAUCGCUAACUGCGCAUCAUGUCUGUGCAGUUCAGCACCCUGCCUCCUGUCCAGCUGCUGCCCAGCAGCAUACAACUCCACCGUCAGCCGUCUGGCAUUCUCCUUCUUCCUGCUCCUGGGCACCAUGGUGUCCGUCAUCAUGAUCCUACCUGGCAUGGAGACCCAACUGAAAAAGAUUCCUGGGUUCUGUGUCGGCGGCACCUCAAUACCUGGCCUGGAGAACAAAAUCCAAUGUGACAUCAUCGUCGGCUACAAAUCAGUGUACCGCAUGUGUUUUGCCAUGGCCUGCUUCUUCUUCCUCUUCUCCAUCAUCAUGAUCCGGGUGCGCAGCAGCAAGGACCCGCGAGCCUCCAUUCAGAAUGGAUUCUGGUUCUUCAAGUUCCUGUUGCUGGUGGGGCUCACUGUAGGGGCUUUCUUCAUUCCUGAUGGAACUUUCACCACAGUGUGGUACUACUUUGGUGUAGUGGGCUCAUUUAUCUUCAUCCUCAUCCAGCUCAUUCUGCUGGUGGACUUUGCUCACACCUGGAACCAGAACUGGGUGGAGAACGCUGAGAACGGCAAUAGCAAGUGCUGGUAUGCAGCUCUGCUCACCUUCACGUUCCUGUUCUACGGCCUGGCGUUUGCUGCAGUCGUGCUGUUCUAUGUGUACUACACCCAGACUGACGACUGUGCCACACACAAGACCUUCAUCAGUCUCAACCUCAUCUUUAGCAUUGUGGUGUCGAUUGUGGCCAUCUUGCCCAAAGUGCAGGAAGCUCAGCCCAGUUCCGGUCUACUCCAAUCCUCCCUGAUCUCCCUCUACACCAUGUAUCUGACCUGGUCGGCCAUGACCAACAACCCCAACCGUAACUGUAACCCAAGUCUUCUGAGUAUCGUCUCCAACUCCGCCACCCCCAGUCCUACUGUGCCCCCUGGGCAAGUUCAGUGGUGGGACGCACAAAGCAUUGUGGGAUUGGUCAUCUUCAUCCUCUGCACUCUGUAUGCAAGUAUUCGCUCGUCCAACAACAGUCAGGUGAACAAGUUAAUGCGGACGGAAGAGACCGAGGGUCUGGCAGCGUCCGACGCUGAGGCUAUGGGCGAUGACGGCGUGCGGCGCGCCGUGGACAACGAGGAGGACAGCGUCACCUACAGCUACUCGUUCUUCCACUUCAGCCUCUUCCUGGCCUCCCUCUACAUCAUGAUGACCCUCACCAACUGGUACCAGCCGGAGACGGACUACCAUGCCAUGGAGAGCACCAUGCCUGCUGUGUGGGUGAAGAUCAGCUCCAGCUGGCUUGGUCUGGCCAUCUACCUCUGGACCCUGGUAGCCCCCCUCGUCCUCAGCGACCGUGACUUCAGUUAGACAAAGACCGAGGUAUCUGUGACCGUUGGGGUGAUGAUUGAUUUUAAGGAUGCUCCUUUGAUUUGUUUUGUUCUUGUUGAAAUCAUUUGGUCAAUAGUUGUGGGAGUUAAACCAGCUUAUCAACAAAUACAAACACCACCUCCAAAUCAAACCAAAGCCAGAUAUCUACAUGAGGGGAUUAUUAAAAAACAUUUUCAUUUUAAAGUUCUUUGGUUGAUGGCUCAGAUAUAGCCCAAACCCAAAUAUAUAAUAUUUAUAUAUUUUAAAGAUUUAUGUAAAAUAAUUCGGUUGAUGCUGGUUUUCUACACAAAAUUCUAUGCAAUGCAAAACACUAGUACAAAAGACAAUAAUAAAGGUUUCAUCGUGGAUUAUUGUUUGGAAUUGAAGUAUCCUGACAAUUUUAAUCAUUUUUGUCAACCUUUCUAAGUCAUGUUUUCCAAAAUAUUUUAUAUAUUAUAGCACUAAAAACGAUUCAACAUACAUUCUUUUUGUCAUGAUCACACUUAUUUGUUGGUUUUGGAUCAAAUAUACUUGGAAUAAAAAGGUCUAUUGGCUCCAGGUCAUAGUAAUAGUUGUUUUAUGAAACACUCUUUUACAUUUCACAUUUUACCCAUUAUGUAUAAUAUACAUUCAUAGGGAAAUUCAAAAUCAAAUCUGCACCACUGUUCCCGUUGUCUUGCUAAUGUCAUCUGAUGUAUUCCUUUUUCUGUUACAUAAAGCAUUGAAUGACUUAUAGGGGUAGACUUCACGAUUCCUUUGUAUCACGUUUACAAGUUAAAUAUUGUAACUGUGUAUUGUUCAGGGUAAGGAGAAAAGCCAUAAAUUAGAUUCAGUAAAGUACAGUUUGGGUUUGUCUCUGGUGCCUGUAAUGAUUUUUGAGGAGUGUUGGUUAUUUUAAGCCUUAUACUUUUGUAUCUUUUUAUUCUUCCUGCAAAGUAUACCCUUUUAGUAUAAUAAAAAAAAACAUGUUCCAAAA